GGUUAUUUUACUUCCCUCGGUCUCUCUCCUUUUGACACCUUCUCUGUUAACUCAUCCACCGCUUUGUGAAGGAAAUCUGAUCUUUUGAGGGAAUCUAGGUUACUUCUCUAUAGAAGCUCUGUUUAUUUCACAAAGACAGACGUCUCGGCUCGAAUAACCGAGUUUACUAUAACCGUACGAUUCAAAAGGAAUGCUUUUGCAGCUUGCGGUCAAACGAUUUAUUCUAUACGCUAUAAACCUUACGAGCUUUCUAGUCAGGUAGCGUUUUUAUGCAUCAUGUGACAAGAGCCGUCCACCUCAACAGCCUUUGAGCGCGCGAAAAUGCUGCCUGGUUAAGCAGCUCGUUGGGUUUUUAAACCGUUCCAGUUGCUUUUGGGUCGCGUCUUAUUUUUGUCCGUUACGUUUAUUAUUUUUGCCCGUUAUCUAUAACCCACAUGUUCGCGGCAGAGCGCCUGCGCAGACGCGUCUGUCAAACGAUAAACGCCGACAACAGUCUCGAAGGAAACUCCUCCCUGUUGACAGCACGCCGCUCUCAUAGCGCAAUGGUCUCCUGGAUUAUUUCUAGGCUUGUGGUGCUUGUGUUUGGUACCCUCUACCCGGCGUACUCCUCGUAUAAAGCUGUUAAAUCGAAAGAUGUGAGAGAAUAUGUGAAAUGGAUGAUGUACUGGAUAAUAUUUGCACUUUUUACUACAGUUGAAGUGAUUACUGAUAUCUUUUUGUGCUGGCUCCCAUUCUACUAUGAGCUCAAAAUCGCCUUUGUGGUGUGGUUACUUUCCCCGUACACAAAGGGAUCCAGUGUGCUGUAUAGAAAAUUUGUCCACCCUACACUGUCCUCUAAGGAGAAGGACAUCGAUGAAUACCUUUGCCAAGCAAAAGAUAAAAGCUACGACACCCUGAUGCAUUUUGGAAGGAAAGGCCUGAAUGUGGCGGCAACAGCUGCAGUAAUGGCUGCCACUAAGGGCCAGGGCGUUCUCUCCGAGCGACUCCGCAGCUUCAGCAUGCAGGACCUGUCGUCCUUCCAGGCAGAGGGCCAAGCAAAGAAUGCAAGUUCUGUAACUACUCAACCUGCAGCCGCACAACAAAGAACACGCACCAUGAUGCGCAGCAAAUCAGAGACUGGUUACAGCAAGGGCCAUGAUUUUGACAUGACUGAAUAUGAGAUGUUGAACUUGGAGCAAUAUGCCCCCAUUGAUCCUCCUGGUCCGCUGACUCCCACACCUGCCCCGGCCCCAUCCCAGCCCACUCUGCCUGAGCCUGAGCCCACGACUCCACUGCUUUCUCCUCCUGAGUCCAUCCAGAAUAAAUCCACAACCCAACCGACAGCCUCAGAGGAGCCUGAGGAGAAGGAGGAUUUUGCCUCUGCUUCAGUCCAAUUCAGAUUUAAGAGGCGUGCCCCCGAGCCUCCUCCUAGAACCCUAAGACCCGUCACCAGAUCCAGAUCAAAGAACGCCCUCUCUUCGGACACUGAAGCCAUGUGACUGUGCGUAUGCUCCGGGAGCGCUUUAGCCGUCUCACCUGCAACGUGAGGAGAUGCAACAAGAGAAGACAGAGAGAGAGAGAGAGAAAAAAAAAAGGAAUGCAGCCAAAAUGUUCAAAUAUUCAAAAGCAACCUUGCUCUGUAAUGAGGUAACCAAAGCGAUGCGCAACCUUUCGCUUCUGAUCUUUGACACUCAAGGGGGGAGGGGAUUCAUUUAGGUAACGCGUUCGUGUACAUAACUGCUGCUCCGAGGCUCUUUGGGAGGUUAUUAAACUUGUUUUGUACAUAUUUCUGAUACGUUCGAGUGUAGACUGUUUGAUUUUGGGAGAAACAAACGCAUGCAUGUCCCAACCAUAAUCACCGCACACAUAAUACUUACAGUCUAUGAGCAUACUUUAUUUUUAAGGGGGACUACGCUCACUUUGGGUCGCCCAGAGCCCCCUCGACAACUACUGAGUAGCAAGGAGUUUCCAAAUCAAACAGUAGUUCAUAGCGAAAAAGUGAUGCGCUGGGUGUAUUUGACUGCAUUUAUUUCAUAAAUGUGCAAAGGGUCAUCUGUACAGAGGGAGUUUGUAGUUGUACCAAAAAAAGGUGUUUAUCACGAUACCUGACGUGAUUUAAAAUAGACGGACAAAGUGCAAUGGAUUUAAAUAGUUCAGCUAUAAACUUCAAAUAUCGUGCCGUAAGUUCAAAUAUAUAUAUCAAGUUAAUCAAUAACCAUCUUGUUGCACUAGAAACUUUCCUAGACACAAAGAGGUAAUAGGUAGAUAUUUGUUUUCGGUCAUUAUUAUUUUACUUUAUUAAUUAUUAGGCAUAUGUACAGUAUUUUUUAUCGUUUCAAAACUCCGCACUGAUUGAUCAACGCGUAUUUUGAAGUAAUUGUAAUAUUUUCUGUUAUUUCCUCGCCGGCUUCUUAAACGUCCUAGGUUGCUCGAUGUCGCAUGUAUUCACUUUGACAUUUUGAAUGUGGCUCACAUUUUUGGCCUCCACCAUCUGAACGCGUUCAGUAUUACAGUACCUUAUCAGAGGCGAGCAGGCGUCGGUGGCGAUUUGGUACAAAACAAAGCGGGUCCUUCGGUCGGCGUAGUCGUUUUACUUUUGUAGCAGUCGCACAUUUACUCACGAGGAGAAACACAUGUCUGAAAACACUGUGCAGUUACACUAGCAUGCAUCGCGGAGAAACGCAGGAGCUAUCAAAACACAUAGCUGAAUCUUAGAACAUUCUAUAUUUAGAAAGCUUUUCACCAUGCGUUUUAUACUGUGAAAACGAUGACAAUCUUAAUCUCAUAAACACGCCGAUUUUAGGUAUUUGGUUAAAUGGUUAUAUCAAACUCCGCUGACAAAAUAACUGGCUCAGGAACCGUUUUUGUCCUUUUGUCACAAUUUCAUUUAGACUCGGGAUUACAUUAUCUAAAAAAAAAAAGUCAUUGGAAUAGCGAUGGACUUCUUUUAGUUGGCUUUGUUUUUUUCCCAGUAUGCAGCAUUUCCUCUCUGUGAAAUGGUAUGACUUUAAAGUGCUCUGUAUGAACCACAUUUGGCCUUCUACAGCAUAUAAAAACAUCUGACUGUUGCUUCUUUGAAUAUUCAGGUCAUUAAAGGCACAUUUGAAAUUUCAUACCAUGCAAAAAGUGGUUUCGUUGUGGAUUUAGGUGUUCUUUCAUUCAGCUAUUUAUGAACUUAAUCGAUUUUAAUAUCAACAAAAAUCCGGAUUAUCAAUUUUCAAAUACGAAAGAGACAUUACAUGUGCAUGCUUAAUCAUAUCAAAUGAAGAUGCGUUUUUAAAUUCAGGGGCUUGAUUAGAGGCUGCGCCUUUAAAGACUAGAGAAGUCCCGGCUCUCUGUUAAAACCAUUUAAAAUUGAACUGUAUUUUUGAGUUGUUUGUGCAGAUUAGGUUGUUCAGAUUAGUCAAAGUGUCUUUUCACUAUCCUCUUAAAACAUAACGGCUUGCAGCGUCUCCAUGAAUGAAGGAGAAGAAAAAAAAAAAAGCAUUUCCAUAUUCCACAGCUGUCAUGUCUGGCAGGCCAGAAUAUACUGUCUCUCAUUCUUCAAGUCCUUAAUUGAAUAAAUCUUGAGUGAUAAAGACAGAAGUUGAUGUUAAAGAUUGAUAUGACCUCUGUAAAAAAAAAAAUAAUGUAUUGGCAUUCAACAAUUAAAAGGUGAAUGUGAAA